GGAUUUUCCCUAGUUCUACACUCACCUACACACACAGUCACCCCUCACGUCCUUCCCUAACACACUGAUUUACUGAUUGCGCUUGACGUCACUGAUUAGGCCGCCAAGAUGGUUGUCGAUGUUGAUAAGUGGUUUGGUUACUAGUGUUGAGGGGUAAAAAAAGUCCUCAAUUGAUUCAGAAUAAACGCCAGUCAAUUCCUAUAAAAGUCAUCAAAAAGCCCCAAAAAUCAUUAAAAUCCCAGUGUUUCCCAAGUUUAAACAAAUUAAGGGCGGGUGGGGGAUGAUGAAUGGGGUGAGUAUGAUAAUCAGAGAGAUGAGCAAACAGGAGUGAAAAUAAAUUCCAUAAAUGACAACGAGAGCGUGACACGAAAGGGAGUCCUUCAAAAAUCGACACACCAUAACCUCCAGGAGCAUAAAAAAAUCACCCAAAACCUCACCUCACCAAAAAUGGCAGAGACAGAAGAGCCUGAACAGGAUUCCCGACGUGCCCUUUACGUCGUACAAUCGAUGAUUGACAUUUCAGCUGAUCGUCUCGAGGGCCUCCGAACAAAAUGCUCAACGAGUGCUGAACUAACCCAACAAGAGAUACGCACACUCGAGGGAAAAUUGAUAAAAUUAUACUCAGAACAGCUGGUGGAAAAAUCAAAGCUUCCAGUUGACUCACUACCACCUGAAAUGCGUCAGUAUCCAUCGCUCCACCAGUGGCUUCGAGUUGUUGGUUUGACACCUGAAUCAAUAAGAAAUGUUUGCACGAAGGCCCAGACCCUUGAGGCCCUAAAAGAGAAAUCAGAGCACGAACUUGGGACAAUGCUUGGUGAAAAUACAACGCGACACGAGGAGGAGUUAAGAAGAUUGUGUCGAGCACUUCACAAUUUACGUCGUUACAUUGAUGUACUUCUUCAACGUGAUGGUGGUGAUGAGACUGGUGAGAUGAUGAAUCUCUACUGGGACUCCUGGGACAGGCAUCACCUCCGAAGUGGUACAUCCCCCAGGCCAGCAAGAUCACGAACAACGAGAAGAUCCAUACCCUCUGAUGACAGUAUUCCCUACAACAACAAUAAUAAUAAUAACGAUAAUAAUAAUUUUGCCAGUGAAACACUGGAGGAGGCCUCGUCGAUAAUGAGUCUAGCAACGAGUCCACCAUCGACACCAGUAUUGUUACGUCAGGCAGCUGUUAAAUAUCCAACAACACCACCACCAAGUAAACGUCAUAACGCAGCACUAUCUCCACAGCCUGACAUAUAUCCACUGACAAAAUCAAAGUCUCACGAAUCCCAAUUAGCUAGUAGAAUUGAAAAUGGCGAUGGUAAUGGAUCGACAAAUUCAUCAACUGUCAAUGAUUCGUCAUCAAGACGAUCACGACAACCAUCUGAAGCUGUUUUAUCAUGUGUUAAUCCUGAUACAUCAGCUGGUAGUGGUCAGUAUGAUGGUAAUUCAAUGAUUACGACAAAUAGUCCAAUUAAAUCACCACCCUAUUCAAGUGCUGAGAGUGAUGACAACAGUGGAAAAGUUCAAGCAAAUCUUCAAGUGCCAAAAUCACCAAGAACACCAACAGUAACACGUGGUAUGGGUCACAUAAUAGCUCAUCGUUUCACCAAAACAUUCAAGAUGAUGACAACAUGUGAUUACUGUGAUAAACAAAUGUUCAUUGGUACUGGAUUAAAAUGUAAAGAGUGCAAAUACAAGUGUCACAGAGAUUGUGAAUCAAAGGUACCACCAUCAUGUGGUUUACCACAGGAGUUAUUUAACGAAUUCAAGAGGACACUUCAGGCUGAUGGAAUGGUUAAUGCAUCACCAGUGUUGGGCAAACCGAGCAGCAUAACCUCACCAAAUCAUCACAGCUCGAAUUUACUGAGUUCAUUGGACAGACGAUAUCGUAAACACUCACAUCCACAUACAUCGAUGAAUAUUCCCUUUCAGGGAGCUGAUUCCAGCUCUAACACCUCCAGCUGCAACAGCUCAACACCAUCGAGUCCAGCUCUUCUGCCAGGUGCUAGUCAGCCACAUGUUUUGGCCUUGACAACAACAGCAACAGUCACGUCCACAACGUCAGCCAUCACCACGACGAUGAUCACGACUAUUGUGACAACUGCGAGUAAACAACAAUUUCAUUUUCCUGAUGUUACACUCAAUGACAAAAGUGUCUUGUCCAUGGAUCACAGUUUGAGGUUGGACAGCACUAACAUAUCGACUGACAGCGACAGGACAAUUUCUGUGUCUGGAUCUGGAUCUGUUAGCACUGAUUCAGAGAGAACACCUGUCAGAGUUGAUUCGCAGGACUCUCAGGUGUCUGAUGGUGAGCCUGGAGACAGUCGUUGGCCGAGGCAGAAUAGUCUGUCGAUGAGAGAGUGGGAAAUACCCUAUGAUGAACUCAAAAUUGGUGAUCCCAUUGGUACUGGACGAUUUGGUACUGUUUACAGAGGCAAUUGGCAUGGUGAUGUUGCUAUUAAAGUACUCAAUAUGGAUUAUUAUUCGGAUGAUGACAAGACACUUGAAGCUUUUAAAUUGGAAGUUGCUACAUUUCGAAAAACUAGACAUGAAAAUUUGGUGCUGUUUAUGGGAGCUUGUAUGAAACAACCUCAUCUGGCUAUUGUCACCAGCUUGAGCAAGGGAAUGACACUUUAUACGCAUAUUCAUUUGCGAAAGGAUAAAUUUAAUAUGAAUAAAACAACAAUCAUAGCUCAGCAAAUUUCACAGGGAAUGGGAUAUCUCCACGCGCGUGGCAUCAUCCACAAGGAUCUCAAAAGCAAAAAUAUAUUUCUCGAAAAUGGAAAAGUCGUUAUCACUGAUUUUGGUCUGUUCAGUGUAACAAAACUUUGUUAUGGAAACAGAAAGAGCAAUGGGUUGAGUAUACCACCCGGUUGGCUCUGUUAUUUGGCGCCCGAAAUUGUUGCCCGAUUGCGACCACAACAGACCAGAGAUCAAGAGGAAUUGCCCUUCACUGAGGCAUCAGAUGUCUACGCAUUUGGUACCGUGUGGUAUGAAUUGCUGUGCGGCGAAUGGCCCUUCAAGGGACAACCACCUGAGGCUAUAAUCUGGCAAGUUGGCAAGGGGAUGAAACAGACAUUGGCGAAUCUUCAAGCGUCUCGUGAAGUCAAAGAUAUUCUCAUGCUCUGUUGGUCAUAUCACUCCGCCAGUCGGCCGGAUUUUUCAAAAUUAUUGACAACACUGGAGAAAUUACCUCGCAAAAGACUAGCCCGGAGUCCAUCGCAUCCAAUUCACUUGUCACGUUCAGCAGAAUCUGUCUUUUAAAUUUUAUCGAGUUAUCGAAUUGAUAACAUUUUCAUUGGCACAAAUCUGAUCAUUAAGGUUGUUGUCAGGUUUAUGAGCAAUUUUAUUGACUGUAAAACAGCUCAGAUGAUUGUUCACACAGUUUAUGAACAACUAAAAUAUAAAUAUAUUUUUUCCGCUGUAAUUAUUCUCAAUUUAUGUAAAUUGAGGAACUUUCUGGAAUUGUUUCUCGAAAACAAAACGGUCGAUCGAUUCAAUUUUUUUUUCUUCAUUCAAUGACGUGUUUUUCAGCCCAAAUAAUUUUUAUUUGAAAAACUGGUGAGUCGUUAAUUUGUUAAAAAUUUUAAUUCAUGAUGCUCCGUUAAAACACAUGACAAUUUACCCAAAUUUUCCAAAUUUACGUCUGAAGUUCAAAAUGAAAAAUCUCAAAUGCCCGGUAAUCUUAUGACAGAUACUUUUUUCAACUGUUCACCAUAAAAAUUUAAAUAAAUAUUCAAUUUAAUAUUUUACACGACAACAAUCUUCAUGUAAAACUGUAGAUAUUGAUAAUAUUACAUUGAAAUUUUCAUUACCUCUAAGUAUUUAUGUAUGUACUUUUGUUCUCUUCACGUAUGUGUAGUUGAAUCUCUCUGUUGUAUUAUAUCGACGUCAGAGGGAAUGCAAAAAUCACUGGAAAUUUACAAAUUAACAGAUAAAGGUUAAUUGGAUAUUUUAUUUGUACAGAGAACACACUACAAAAAAAAAACAAAAAAUAUUAAAAAGUAUUCACCUCGAGUAUUAAAAUUAAAUUUUUCUAAAAAAUAAUAUUAAUAAUUCAAGGUUUCAAAUUUUAAUUGAAUAAUACUAGUCAAUUUUGUUUUUUUUUAAUCUAUAAAUCUGUAUGCUGUGAAUGAAUGUUGAUUAUUGAAUCGUGAAAGUGAGUGAAUUGAAAAUUUUCUUCAAUUAUUACUGUAAAGAAAAAGAUCUCAUUGAACUUAAAUAAAUAAGCAAUGUAAACGAUAAACUGUAACUAUAAAAUAGAAUUGUAAAUUCUGGGAAAGAAAGUAUUUCACUUAUCGAGUGAAAAAUCGUGAAAAGAAACAACAACAACGUUGAUUUUGCAAAUAUCAAAAAGACGUUUUGAAGUUGAAGUGCAAAUUGAAAAAGAAAUUGAAAAAAAAAAUCAGCAAAGAGAUAAAUCAAAUAAAAAAA